UUAUUUAAUACUUUUGAAAAUACUUCCGUAAACAUCUUUUGCCUAGCAGAGGGCUGACAAUGUGAGUUUCAUGGCAGCAGGGACUAUGUUUGCUUUUACCCAUGCUUUUAUGUCCAGCCUAGGCAGAAUGGCCAGCACAUAACAAAAGCUCUGUAAUAUUAUUUACUGAAAGAAUGAGUGAUUGAAUGAAAAAACGUAAUCUCUAUGCUACACAGCUUCUAUCUUGCCACCACUUUUGUGUGGCUUGUCAUCCCCUCUUAGCUGAAUGACUGCCAUAGCCUCCCAUGUGUACCCUCUGCCAAUCCAUUCUCCACUCUGCAGCCUCUCUGAUCGACUAAAUGUGAAUCUGCAUAUGUCGUCCCCUUCUGUUCAGUCUUAACUGGCUUCCUGUUUCUCUGAGGUUAGUAACAAAGUCUUAGUGUGACCAGCCCUGUUUUACAGUUUCACUCCUUGCAUCCCACACUCCAACCUCUGAACUGCUCAUAUUUCCCCACACGUGGUAGGCUUAGGCUCCCUCUGAUCUUUGGGUCUCUGUAGAUGUAGCACCUUCACCCUAGAGUCUCUUUUUCCCAGCUUAGCUGUCAUCUCCUCUCUGAAGACUUCCCUGAUGGUACCAGGUUGGAUUGGGUGUCCCUCCCAUAUGACCCUGUUGCCCCCACCAUGAUAUCAGUGUUUACUUUUCCUCUUCCUCUCUAGAUUUCCAAAGCUUCUUGAGCCUGGGGACUGUAUCUUGAUCACUGUGGAACCCCUGCCACCUAAUACAUUGCCUGGCUCACCAAGGGCACUUGGAGAUAUGUUUGUUGAAUGGCCACCACUGGUCCAGGCAAUCUUCAGCGGUGAUCCAGAGGAGAUCCGGAUGCUUAUCCACAAAACUGAAGAUGUGAAUACUCUGGAUUCUGAGAAACGAACCCCCCUUCAUGUGGCUGCAUUUCUGGGAGACGCAGAGAUCAUUGAACUCCUGAUUUUAUCAGGAGCUCGUGUAAAUGCCAAGGACAACAUGUGGCUGACCCCACUGCACCGGGCUGUUGCUUCCAGAAGUGAAGAAGCAGUACAGGUUUUGAUUAAGCACUCAGCUGAUGUCAAUGCAAGGGACAAGAACUGGCAGACCCCUCUUCAUGUGGCAGCAGCCAACAAGGCUGUCAAAUGUGCAGAAGUGAUCAUUCCCCUGCUGAGCAGUGUCAAUGUCUCCGACCGAGGGGGGCGCACAGCCUUGCACCAUGCAGCUUUGAACGGCCACGUGGAGAUGGUCAAUUUACUCUUGGCCAAAGGGGCAAAUAUCAAUGCGUUUGACAAGAAGGACCGGCGUGCUCUGCACUGGGCGGCGUAUAUGGGCCACCUGGAUGUGGUAGCAUUGCUCAUUAACCAUGGUGCAGAAGUGACCUGUAAGGAUAAGAAGGGUUACACCCCUCUGCAUGCCGCAGCCUCCAAUGGACAGAUCAAUGUUGUCAAGCAUCUCCUGAAUCUGGGGGUGGAGAUUGAUGAAAUCAAUGUCUAUGGAAAUACAGCACUUCACAUCGCCUGCUACAAUGGACAGGAUGCUGUGGUUAACGAGCUGAUUGACUAUGGUGCUAAUGUGAACCAGCCAAACAAUAAUGGGUUCACCCCUUUGCAUUUUGCUGCUGCCUCCACUCAUGGUGCUUUGUGUCUUGAAUUGUUAGUCAACAACGGGGCGGAUGUUAACAUUCAGAGUAAAGAUGGCAAAAGUCCGCUGCACAUGACAGCUGUCCAUGGAAGGUUCACACGGUCACAGACCCUUAUUCAGAAUGGAGGUGAAAUUGACUGUGUGGAUAAGGACGGCAACACUCCUCUCCAUGUGGCUGCAAGAUACGGUCACGAGCUUUUGAUUAACACCUUAAUAACCAGCGGAGCUGACACAGCCAAGUGUGGAAUCCAUAGCAUGUUCCCUUUACAUUUAGCUGCCCUAAAUGCUCACUCUGACUGCUGCAGAAAGUUGUUAUCAUCAGGACAAAAGUAUAGCAUAGUAUCCUUGUUUAGUAAUGAGCACGUGCUGUCUGCAGGCUUUGAAAUAGACACCCCAGAUAAAUUUGGAAGAACGUGCCUUCAUGCUGCUGCUGCAGGAGGUAAUGUGGAAUGUAUAAAACUCUUGCAGAGCAGUGGAGCAGAUUUCCAUAAAAAGGACAAGUGUGGGAGGACCCCUUUGCACUAUGCAGCUGCAAAUUGUCAUUUCCACUGUAUUGAGACAUUAGUGACCACAGGGGCCAACGUUAAUGAAACAGAUGACUGGGGACGCACAGCUUUGCAUUAUGCUGCCGCAUCAGACAUGGAUAGAAAUAAGACUAUCUUAGGAAAUGCCCAUGAAAAUUCAGAAGAACUUGAAAGAGCCAGGGAGCUGAAGGAAAAGGAAGCCACACUAUGUCUAGAGUUUCUGCUUCAAAAUGAUGCAAAUCCAUCUAUCCGGGAUAAGGAAGGUUACAAUAGCAUACACUAUGCUGCUGCCUAUGGGCACAGGCAAUGUCUGGAACUGCUUUUGGAGAGAACAAACAGUGGAUUUGAAGAAUCAGAUUCUGGUGCUACCAAGAGUCCACUCCACUUAGCUGCCUACAAUGGCCAUCAUCAAGCAUUGGAAGUCCUUCUGCAGUCGCUGGUGGACCUGGACAUCAGGGAUGAGAAAGGCCGCACUGCUCUGGAUCUGGCUGCCUUUAAAGGACACACAGAAUGUGUGGAAGCACUUAUCAAUCAGGGCGCAUCCAUCUUUGUGAAAGACAAUGUAACCAAAAGAACCCCACUUCAUGCCUCAGUAAUUAAUGGUCACACCCUGUGUUUACGGCUGUUACUAGAAAUUGCAGACAACCCGGAGGUGGUGGAUGUGAAAGAUGCCAAAGGACAAACACCACUGAUGCUUGCGGUCGCAUAUGGACAUAUUGAUGCUGUUUCGUUGUUACUUGAAAAGGAUGCCAACAUAGACACUGUUGACAUCCUAGGAUGCACAGCUUUACACAGAGGGAUUAUGACAGGACACGAGGAAUGUGUGCAAAUGCUGCUGGAACAAGAAGUGUCAAUUCUUUGUAAAGAUUCCAGAGGGAGGACACCCUUGCACUAUGCGGCUGCUCGUGGCCACGCCACGUGGCUGAGUGAGCUUCUCCAAAUGGCUCUUUCUGAGGAGGACUGUUGUUUCAAAGAUAACCAAGGCUACACGCCACUGCACUGGGCUUGUUACAAUGGUAAUGAAAACUGUAUAGAGGUACUUUUGGAGCAAAAAUGUUUUCGCAAAUUUAUCGGUAAUCCCUUUACUCCACUGCACUGUGCAAUAAUAAAUGACCAUGGGAAUUGUGCAUCAUUGCUGCUUGGGGCCAUAGAUUCCAGUAUCGUUAGUUGUAGAGAUGACAAAGGCAGGACACCCCUUCACGCAGCAGCAUUUGCUGAUCAUGUGGAGUGCUUGCAGCUUCUUCUGAGACACAAUGCUCAAGUGAACACAGUAGAUAAUUCAGGGAAAACAGCACUGAUGAUGGCUGCAGAGAAUGGGCAGGCAGGCGCUGUGGAUAUUUUGGUGAACAGUGCCCAGGCUGAUCUGACUGUAAAGGACAAGGACUUGAAUACACCCUUACAUUUGGCUUGUAGUAAAGGUCAUGAAAAAUGUGCCUUGUUAAUACUUGACAAGAUACAAGAUGAGAGCCUUAUUAAUGCAAAAAAUAAUGCACUGCAGACACCCCUCCAUGUUGCUGCGCGCAAUGGCUUGAAGGUGGUAGUUGAGGAGUUGCUGGCAAAAGGGGCCUGUGUACUUGCUGUGGAUGAAAAUGGUCAUACCCCGGCCCUGGCUUGUGCUCCUAACAAAGACGUGGCCGACUGCCUGGCCCUCAUUUUGGCUACCAUGAUGCCUUUUUCUCCUUCCAGUACAAUGACGGCCGUCAACUUCGUUUGUUUAAAAAAAGACAAUUUGAGCAGGACGACCCUCUCCAAUCUGGGUAGCAUGGUUAGCCUGUGCAGUAACAACAUAGGCUCAGAGGAUGGGUACAAUGAAAAUGAUUCUGAUUCGGAAACGUUUUGACUUUGGACUGUAGAAGCUUUUCCUUGAUCACCGGUGUUGGAGGAAGGGAAAGAAGCUUGAAUUCCAGGUUCAUGUUGUAUUCAAGUAUUAUUUGGGGCCUGGGCUUCCAGAAGUUAGUAGAGAAGGAAUUAACUGAGGGAGGGCAGUGAGGCUGUUGGGUGGAACACUCACACAGAUGGCCUCAGUUUGGUUUUGUUUCACAUUUUCUUUAGAUCUAAGAUACAUCUGUGAAAGUCUACCUCUCAUUUUCAGUAAAGAAUAAAAGAUAUAUUUAAUUCCUGUUCUUCAGGGAUAAUGCAACAGAGAGGCAGCUGUUCACUAUGAAUAAUUUUUCUUUUCAUGUAUUUAGCAGUGAGUUCUCAGAAGUCUAUCAGUGUGACAUUCAUGUCCCCGGGGAGGGAAGGGAAGAGGUAGAUAGGAAAUGCCUCAAACCUUUUCUCACUUUGAUGUUUACUUCCUCACUAGAAGCCAAAGGUAAAGGUGUUCAUCUUCAGAAAUAAUGCCUGUAAUAAUCUUUUUAGAGAGUCCAACUGUUUAUAUCCUCUCUAUAGUAAGCAUUUAAAUAUCCAGAACUUCUUUCUGAGGAUCUCUGUUAAAGUUGCUAGAUUAAUUGAAAAACUGAACUUGCUUUUUUUGUUUAACACAGUGUUCCCUAUAACAAGCCUGUGACUAAUUUUCACUUAAGUGAUUGAACCCAAAUUUAUCUAAUAACAUUUCAGGUGAAUUGAUAUUGCACAGAACUUUGACACAAUAUGCAAAAUUAACAUGAAACUACCCUUUGUUAAUUCCCUCUUAAAUCAAAAUACUAACUUUUUUAAAACAUCAGAAUCAUCAGCGUUGUUCAUCAGUAGUAAACUGAGCUUCUCAGUCAAGGUCAUGCCAUGUGAGUGAAAAGUGUGACUGCAAAAAGAAAUACAAAAGUGAAAGCAGAAAGGAGAAAUGAGUGAUUUAGAAUGUAAAGCCAAUUGCCAGUUGCUUGAUGAUGAAAUCAACGUAGUGAAUACUGUGUCUGCUCCCUCUGCCAAAGCUUCUAGGUCAAAUGGACCCCGUUCCACACCUGGAACAGCUAUACAAAAAGAAGAAUGAGACUCUUUAAAAAUUAUGCACAUGUACACACACACAUAUAUGUGUGCAUGUAUAUAUAUAUACAUAUAUGUGUGUGUGUGUGUAUGUAGUUCAUCAGCCCAGCUACACAUGAGGACCAAAAUGCUUCAGUCUAAAAUGGAAGAUUUACAUUUUUUUCCUUCAAAAUGCAAGUGAGAACUGAAGUAGCUUUUCUAUGGAGUUAAAAUGUAAUCUUUUUGUGUACCAGUCUUUGUUGUAUUUUAUAUUUCUUAUGACACAGAUUUCUAGUUGACAGCUUAACAUUUGUAACUGAUGAUGUGUUGACCAUGGGUUUUUGUUUUGUUUUGUUUUUUGCUAAACUAGAGAAAAUGUCCAUAUACUUUUGAUGUAAAUGUGUUUAUAUUUAUUUGAAAUGAAACAAAUGGCAAGGAAACAUCCAUUAUUUGUUCUCUAUUUUAAUUGCUAUGUAUCUUAUUUAGAAUAACAAAAGUGGAAAAACACAUUUGACCCUGGGCUAGCCAAAAGCCCUAAGGCCAACCCAGCAUUUCCACUGCUAAGGUUUCUAGCUGACCCUCAGGUUCUUCCACGUUGGUUAGAGAGGGCUACCACAGUUGGUAGCCAGUUGAGUUUAGAAGACCUUGCAGUCUGGAUGCUCUUCUGUGAGCUAAAAACUCAAAUGUGUAGUGGAUCAUAUACACAAAGGCAGCCCAAAGAAAUAUCCAGAAAUUACCCUAAGUACACUGAAAAGCUCACAUAGUCUCAGUAACCUAAUGGGAAAUGAUGGCAGUGUGUGGGCACAUGUGCCAAGAGGAGAAAUAAAAAUCACCAGCUCAAGUGCAAUUUUCUACUUGAGGAAGAGACAGGAAAAAAAUGUGCUUAGAGCAGGACUCUCUGACAUUUUAUGAGUUCCAUUUCCACCCUGGAAAUUUCUGUUUUAUAGUAUAUGUGAGAUAUUUCAAAAAUAGUGUUCUAUCGUAUCUGGAUCAAAGACAGAUAACUGUAUUAUAUUUUUCAUCUAGCUGUAAAACUUUAAUCUUACUUAAUAUCCUGGAUUUAAUUAAAACUCCUGUUGGGUUCUUCAGAAAUGAGAACUUGUUCAAAGGAAUUAAUUUCGCUGAAAAUUUCCCACACCACCACCAUUGUUUUUUGAACUGGUAUUAAUUUCGCUGAAAAUUUCCCACACCACCACCAUUGUUUUUUGAAUUCUUGGUGGUGUGCUCCCCUCUUCUAUCCUUUUUGUUUGUUUACAGAAGAUGAAUUUAUAAAAAGCUGAUAAAUUGCUAAUGAGCAAUAAUGACCCUAUCUUUACCAAAACACUGAAAAUUAAGAGUGAUCCAGUGUUGAAAAAGCACAAUAUACUGCGGUGUCUUUUUCUAGAAGUGAAUGGAAAUCUUGCUCAGUUGGCAUUUCAAGCAGGAAAUGAAAUGCCUGCUUUAAUGGCAAAGCAGCGUUAACAUUUUUCCUGUCAAGUAGCAGAGUACAAGGAUCCUUUCAGCAAAGCAGUGACUCACCAUGAGACGUUAUCUCCAUGGAGCUGCGUUUUGACUUUUUCCUACUGUCUUACUCAUAGAAGGAGGACAAAGGAACAAAAUGAAAUCAUGCUCACAGCAAACUGUUCAUUACAUCAAUUGAUAUCUCUCUCUUUCUCGCUUUCUUUCUUCCUUCCCCCAAGACUAAAUUUUUUUUUUAAGAAGUGACUUUAAAAACUAUCAUUUCUGUGUUUUAAUGACAUCUCUUAGAAAUAAAAUUAUGUUUGCACCACAGCUUUCUAAGAAAAAACAAGAUGUGUUUUUACCUGAGUCUUAGUUGCUUAGUGCUUUUACUUGUUAUUUUUAGACUGUAUUUUAACCACAGCCACAGGGAUCAUGUUUCAUUGCACUUACUUAUUUGCCAGUGUCUGCCUGUCUUUGGUAAAUGCAUUACUAUCUCCAAAUUGCCUAAAAUCUGCUAUGAUUCUACAGUAAACAGCUCAGGGGAUUUCUAUUUAUCACUACUAAAAGGGCACCAUACUAUGUUUUGGUACUUUAGGCAGUGAACACUGCUUAUCAUUUUAUUAUUAAAUUAGAACAAGAACAUCAAAUGGAUUUGCUGCACUAGUUAUUCUUUGUACUGUUGAGCGACUUGCUGUGCUUAUAUGUUGUGUUGGUUGAAGAACUCAUCCCUUUUUUGUCUUGUAAUAUGAAGUUAGAGUGCCUUUUUAUAUUUGUAUAUUCUGAAAAUGUUCUGCGGAAUGUUUUGUAUUUUUUCAUUUGAGUGUUAUCAGAGCAAUAUGAUACCAGUGAGUUUUCAUUUCAACCUUUCUUUGAAUGUAUAAAGUGUUUUUUUUUCCUGUUUCCCCUUUUACUUGCAUUGAAAUGAAUAUGAAAAUGCUAAAGUUUUCUAUAGGAAUUUUUUGAUUUUGCAGUGCUAAAAUGCUUUCUUCUUACAAAACUGUAAACCAUAGGUCAGUAUUAUAGGGGAAAAGCGUUUUAAGAUAGUGACAAUCUGAGUGUUUGUAUAAAAUGUAAUUCUAUGCGUUUCUUAUGCAGUGAUCUAAAAAUUCAAUGCAAAUAUCUUUUAUUUGGUAGUUUUGUCUACAUAUUUUAUGCUUUAGCAUGUGCAAUAUAUCUUUGCAAAGCACGAUGAUACAAAUCUGGUGCCAGUGUUAUAUUUUGCAUAACAUAUUUGUAACAGCAUAAAAUACUGUUUGAUGACUUCAGUGGGAUUUUGUCUAUAAUGUUUUCCUAUGUAAAUUGGAGUUGAAUGACUCUGGUAAAUGUCAGGACUGUAAAAAUGGGGAAAAUGACUUUUAGUUCAGUGAAUGACUUUGAACCAGUCUGAGUCGUCUCAAGCACAGUUUAAUACUUUUACAACUACUGAAUGCUCUAAUAAGGUAAUGAAGUACUUAACUGUAAUAUACUAUGGAAAUGCAUUCAGAUGGUUAUUUUUACAAAUAAAAACGGUACAAAUAUUG